AUGCAGAUAGUGGUAGACACAUUCAGACCAUCGGUAAUAGACAAGGAUGGCAAGCUGUACUCAAACGUCUCAAGAGCAUGCAUGGAGUCAACGGACACGUCGAUCAUCCUGGACUACAACUCUGUAUUGUGCAGGCUGGAUUCAAAACACACCGUCGAGAUCAAAAUACUAAAAGGAUUCAAUGACAACAUCGACUGCCAUUACUUGACACACGGAAAAGUGUAUUGCGUGGAGAACAAAGGCAGAAGGGCAGUGCUGAAGGCGUCGUUUGGUGGACUACUGCUCGUCAUGGAUGCACCCAGGGAAAAGAUCUGCAGCAUCGGAGAUAAAGACGAUAUCACCCUGGCAUUGACAUUUAUUUAG